UGGCUCCCUUAUGCUUUCUGAGCACUCGCAGCAGUUUAUCGAGUUCAGUGGAAGUAAGUGAUGAAGAGACAAUUACCGGAUACGUCUCAUUCUCUCCAAGGAAAGCAUAUUUGAGGUACGGUCAUGGUGCUUACAGUAGCUGGAUGUUCGGUCACUCUAAGAACUGCAGAGGAGCGGGCCACUUGGAAGGUCCUGGCCAAACAAGAUUAUAAGGUUGCGAGGCAACCUUGUCGGGCCCUUCUACACAACCAAGGCCUACUUCAGUGCUUUGAUGAGCUGUGCAAUGUGGGGGAACUUAAUAGGAUGUUCACGAUGGAUAUCGUUUCCCACCACCGUUUGACUCUGGAGUUCUUAACCACGUUGGUGGUGGUGAUGCGGGGGGAGCUAUUGCAUCCAUCAAGUUCCGCCUAAGGAACACGGAAUAUGAGCUACCAAUGGAGGAGUUAAAGGAGAUUUAUGGGAUUACAACGGAUGAAUUUAAUAUACCAAGGGAGUUCAAGAAUGGGAGAUUCUGGAACGACAUCAUCGUGGAGACUGAGAGGUUCAAGGCCGCUCGGGCCAAGAGCUCUAUGAUCAGGAAGCUCUGGUACUAUAUGUUGCGGUGCUGUGGUGGGCGCCAUUGCGCGCCACUUGGGCGUGAACACAAGGGGAUGAACACGGUUAUGGAUAUUGAAGCACUCCGACGAUCACAUGAUCUUGGAGUAGAGUAUAGGGGCCGAGCCUUUUUCUUGCAAAGGUUGAAAGAUCACUUCCCUCUUCCGGACCCCGUCAACACGUAUAUCAACGGGCCCGUGGAUAAGAGAAAUUGGCAGAUGAACUCCCCAAUCCACCAAGCCAGCACAGCCCGAUAUCCAAACAGGAGAUUUGAUGAGGUUGAUCCGGAUGAGUAUGAAGAAUUUGAUCGUGCGGAGUUUCCUGAGGCUCCCGAGGUCCCCGAGAACUUGAUGAUAGGGCAUGUGGGUGAAGAUGAAGAUGAGGAUGAAGAGAUUCCACCGUGUGGUGACGAUGGAGUCGGGACAAGCACUCAUAGAACACGAAGCCUCCAAGAGCGAGAAGAGGAGGACUACGGCUCGAUCAAUGAGAGGAUGACACGGAUGGAGCUUCGCUAGGAGGAAUAUUGGGCCCGGAAUGAAUCGCGGUGGAACCAGUUCGAGACUAACUGGACCCAAUUCAAUGAAUUCAACAAUGCGCAAUGGGCCAACAUCAACGCCCGAUUCGAUGAAUUCCGUGGCCAGUGGCAGCAUCCGUAUCCUCCUCCGCAAUGAAGGUCCAUGGGAGAUCCACUCUCUUUCAAACUUAUCCUAGCUUUCCUUGGUAUAAGUUUGGGGGGGUGUCUAGUGGAUUCCCUCUUUUACUUCUCUCUCUUUCUCAUACUCUUUAUUUAUGUUGCCAUGUUUCCUUAUUCCACUUGUUUUUGUGUUUUUGUUUUCUUUUUAGGUUUGUUUUUCUUGUUUUCUUUUGUUUUGAAUAAUCUCCCUUAGGUAGGAUGAUAGUGGGGUGAGAAAAUGGAAGUUUGAAUGAGUGUGAGACAUGUUGGAGGAGUUGCCAAUGAUGAUUUUGUGCAAAAAUUUUCAAAUUUUUGAAAACCUUGUUGAUAUGGCUAAGUAACAUGUGACUUUUCAUUCCAAAUUGCCUAAAGUGAUUUGCAUGGUGCCUUGUCUUUUACCCAAAUGACCUUGUGAGAAUUGAGCUUAUAUUGUUCCUAAAUGUGUGUUUUAUCUCAAGCAUGUCACAUGUUUCUAGAAUUUGCUCGUGAUCUCCCUGAAUCUACAUAGUGGUUAUAGAGAUAGGGGAGGAUGUUAGGCCAUCUUUGUUAGCCAUAUCUUACUUUUACCCGGUGUUAAUAAUCCUUGAUAACCCAUUUUGAGCCAAUGACCCUUUUCUUUGACAAACAAGGGGUUGGAUUUCUUGUGUGCUAUUAUGAAAAAUCAAAAGGAAAUGGAAGUUUGAAGGGGAAUUAGUAAAUGAAAUAGAAGCUUAUUGAGGUAGAAAAGCAUAUAAAAAAAAGAGGAAAAGAAAAGAAAAAUGAAAGUGAGAAAUAGUGAAUAAUUGGCUUUUAUUGAAAAGGGUGUCUUGAAGGUUGUAAAAGGGGUGAAGAACAAAAGUGGAAUGUUGAUAGAUGAGAAGAGUCGAGGCAAGCCUAGAACUAGUUAAGAUUGGGGAAGAAAGUUGGUGAAGUUUGAACAAGUUAGUGUUGGGAAUUAAAGUCACUUUAGCCAAAAAUUACCUCACCUAUCCAAAGAGCCUACAUUACAACCUAUAGAAAAGACCUUUCGAACCUUAGAUCUUUAAUCACACCGUAGUAGAGGAGAGUGUAGAUUUUGAGCAAGCAUAUGGUAAACUAUGCAUGCUUUGAUGAUUUGAGAGUUAUGUCAUGAGCUUAUACACUUUGAGAGUGAGUAAAAUUUCUAAAAUGCACAUUCUAUUUUCUCCUUGUGAGAGCAAAUUGGCAAGGUUGAGUACAUGAUAGUAACUUGAGGCUAUAUUUCAUACUACUUUACAUGCAUACGAAGCCAUUGAUACUUGUUCUAUUUUAUUUCUACUGAGGCAAUAAUGACACUCCGCAUUCCUACAUGAGUUUGUAAGUCUUGCUUAUUUCUUCUUGUUCGAGGACAAACAAGUGUUUAAGUUUGGGGGAGUUGACAAACUCAUAGUUUAGGAUGAUUUUAGAGGUCAUUAACCCAUGUUUUUGGUGAAUUGAGGUGUUUAUUAUAGGUUUUCACCCAUUUAGUCAUCAAAUAGAUGAAGUAAUGAGUUUGUUGGAGUUUUGAAGUGAAAACAGGUUAAAAUGGGCAAAACGGAGUGAACGAGGCUGACUCCAGAAAGAAGACCCGACCGAGUGUUUUCCAUUUUCCAAAUCACCCGGUCGGGUGUUUUGAAGUAGAGAAAUGGGUCCAGAGAGAAGACCCGGCCGGGUGUUUCUCCACUUACGGAUCACCCGGCCGUGUGUUUUAUACGCGUAACCGUUUGAUCCUGAAUUUCACUCCGAGUAUAAAAUUCUAUUUCUUACAUUUUGAGCGGUAACUUCCGGUAACUUCCCAGACUGCAAAAUCAAGAGAGAAGAGAUUGAAGAAGGAGACACUUCCCAACAUCAAUUCGACCUCAGGGAGUUCUUGUCUCUAUUUCCAUCAUGUUCUCCUUUGUUUCUUUUGUAUUUUGUGUUGUUGGGUGUUUGACUAUGAAUAGCUAGACUUUUAUUAGGGAUGUAGUGAAGUUGUAUGAAUCUAUGGGUUGAACCUUGAAUUAUGUUUAUCUAUCUCUUGUGUGGUUUUGUUGUUUA